AUGGAGUAGUACUGUGUAGAGUUUCUUGUAACUUUUUUUUCUUCUAACUAUCGCAUGAAUCCCUUGUGAGCAUCCCUCACCCUCCUUGUUUUUUUUUUCCUCCCUGUCUUGCAUCUUCCCAUCUUGCCCCAGUCUCGUCCCACCCUGAUUUCGGCACUUGAACCGCGCUACGGGAAACGGGUCAUCCCCGUGCCGCGCCAUGGGAAUGCCGAAAUCUGAAAGGCAGGGUUGCGUAACGCUUUGCUGACACAUGUCGACAACCUUACCCUUGCUCCUUCUGUUCAUGUUUCGCCCCCCUUUUUCGAACCCAGCACAAAGACGUCAGCGUUCGCCUUGCCCCGGGUCUUUGUUUCUGAGAGAACUUGUGUCUACCACCGCAUGAAGAAGAAGCAGUCAAAAACGAAGCCGGCAUAGCCCGCCAGCACUCACUUGCAGGCACCAUGUUCGACUACAUAGAGUUUCCUAUGCUCCCCAUCGUGAGGGUUCACCUCGUCAUCAACUGCGUCCUAGCCUUCCUGACCGUAUCAGUUGUGGGCUUGCGUCUCGUGGCCCGCUUCGUGACCGGUGCCGGACUCUGGUGGGAUGACUACCUCAUCCUCUUCGCCUUGCCGCAAGGCCUCGGCAUGUUAAUCAUUCAGGGGCUGUGGGCGCCCAUGGGCAUUGGCUACCCCGUGACCGAGACACUGCCGAACCUGGAAACCAUCCUCAAGCUCCUCGUCGCCUACGAGCUCAUCUACUCCACCGCGAUCGGCACCAUCAAGGUCAGCGUCUUGUUGUUCUACCUCCGCGUCUUCGUCAACCGGGGCCUGCGCAUGGCGACCAAGGCCGCCCUGGCGUUUGUCAUGCUCUGGAACAUCGGCAACAUUCUCCAGGUCUUCUUGAUCUGCCGCCCAUUUGCCAAGACAUACAGCUUGACGGUCGAGGGCGAGUGCGGCGACCAGGUGGCUUCUUUCAUCGCCAUCGGCGCCUUCAACGUCAUCAGCGACGUCAUCAUCCUCACGCUCCCGCUCCCGACUGUCUGGUCGCUCAAGAUGGCGACACCCACCAAGUUCGGCUUGACGGGCGUCUUCCUCGUCGGUCUAGUUGUCAGCGUCAUCGCCAUCAUCCGCAUCGUUACCCUCACACGGCUCGACCUCCAAAACCUCACGGGCACCAUGAUCUGGGCCGACUUCUGGUCCGCCACCGAGCCUAACCUUGGCAUCCUCUGCGUCAGCCUGCCCAUGCUGGGCUCGCUGUUGUCACGCUGCCUCCCUUCGCGCCGGGGCAAUACCAAGCUUGCCUACCACUCGUCAGGGAACGGCGCCAACGGAAGCGCCUUCAGCAAGCUCAAGGACCAGAGCCAGACGGACACCCAGAUCCCGCUCGAGAAUAUCUAUGCCGCAAACCAAGAGGUACAUUAUCAGUCGGCCGUCGGUGCCGGCCGGACCCCCGAGCCUUUGCGGACAGCGCCGGAUGCCGACAAGGACAAAGACAGCGGUUCCGAUGUGGCCCUGACGGACCAGCCGACCCAUCUUAGCGACCAGAAGAACGGCAUCCGGGUGCAGACCAAGUGGACCAUCUCGCACAACUGAGCACAC